AUGCCCACCACCACGCAGAAGCGGCGCGCAGCCUCCUCCUCCUCCGGCGGCGGCAGAAGCGGCUCGACCGAGCUCAGCCGGGGAAGCGCCGGUUCGCUCCGCGUGGCCAGCGUCAGCCUCGCCGCCGUCCUGGUCCUCGCCGCCGUUUCCACCACGCGCGGUGCUCCGGUAGAACCUUGGCAAACCACAGCCGACAAGCGGCACCUUCUCAGCCAGAUCGACACCGCUUGCUCCUCCUUCUUCUCCAUGGACGUACACUUUCAGGCUUCCGACGUCUUGGGCGAAAUUUGCUUCUUGAUGCUAGUCCAGAAGUCCAAGAGCGCCGCUUGGCAGCCCUUCCUGCAUUUGGUAUCCCAUCUGCACACCCGACGAGAGAGAGGAAUCUCGGUGCAGGCGGAACUGGAGGGUCCGGGUGGGAUUCAGAGCAGAGGCUACUUCCUCUAUCGGCCUCGAAACGGAAGAAGAGCAUUAGAGUACGAGUAG